UUUGGAUUAUAGAGUUAGGUUAGGUUCAGAAAUUUAAAAUUUUAAAGUUGUUUUUUUAGAUAUUGGUAUUAAAGGAAUAUACAGUUCGUGUCUUGAAGGAAAGAUUUAAAAAUUCGUCUCAAACAUGAGCGAAGAAAGUUUCAAUAUAGAUUGUUCAGAUGAUGAAUUAAGAGAAGUUCAGACUUCUUGGGAACCUUCACCUGAGAAAAUCGAAAAACUAUAUAAUAUUAUAGAAAGAGGAGAAAUUCCCGAAUUGCAGUGGAAAAGUCCUGGUUAUCGUAUGCCCACUCCAGAAAGAAAAGAACAAAACGAAGAAAACAAAACAGUAGAGAUUGAGAACAAGUCAGAUUUUGACUUUAUGGAUGAGAUGGGAACGCCAAAAUUAAAGAUUCGUAACAAAGGAGAGGAAACACUGAAGGGAAGUGCUAAAAAGAAGACCACUUCCCUUGAUGGAGUUUUGAGUAACAUGAGAAGGCAUAAUUUAUUACCUGCCAAGAAUAGCUGAUUAGAACACCCAUAUUUUAACAUGAAUGAUUAAUUUUCAUGACGAGUUCUCAACUUUCAAAAUAGUUCAUAUUGUACUGUGAUUUAUGAAAUUUUUUAGAUCAUCUAGGAUCUAUUGUGUUUAUGGGCAAGAAAAAAUUCUAUACUUGAGUACGUUUCUAUCAAGACAUAAAUAAAAGGUUAACUUAUCAAGUUUCAUA